CAAGCGUCCUGGGUUCGCGGCACUCCGGACUCAGCGCGUGUGUGCUCGCCCUUGUUGUCGCCAUGCCUGCGGACAUCAGCCAGUGGUCCGGGCCGCUGAGCCUGCAGGAGGUGGACGAGCGUCCCCAGCACGCGCUGCGGGUCGCCUACGCCGGGGUGGAGGUGGACGAGUUGGGCAAAGUGCUGACGCCCACCCAGGUUAAGAAUAGGCCCAGCAGCAUUUCAUGGGAUGGUCUUGACCCAGGAAAACUCUACACCCUGGUCCUCACAGACCCCGACGCUCCCAGCAGGAAGGACCCCAAAUUCAGGGAGUGGCACCAUUUUCUGGUGGUCAACAUGAAGGGCAAUGACAUCGGCAGUGGCAAAGUUCUCUCAGAUUACGUGGGCUCUGGGCCUCCCAGUGGCACAGGCCUCCACCGCUACGUCUGGCUGGUGUAUGAGCAGGACAAGCCACUGAACUGUGACGAACCCAUCCUCAGCAACAGGUCAGGAGAUCACCGUGGCAAGUUCAAGGUGGCGGCCUUCCGCAAGAAGUAUCACCUGGGAGCCCCCGUGGCGGGCACCUGUUACCAGGCGGAGUGGGACGACUAUGUGCCCAAGCUGUAUGAGCAGCUCUCAGGGAAGUAGGGGAGCUGUGGAGCCUGGUGGUCCUGGGGACUCCCCACAGUAUUGUCAAGUUGUGCAAAGCAUGCUGUUUCUUCUCCUUUCCUUCCUACCUCCUCGCGGGGAGUUCUGAGCUAGGGUAGAGGUUAGGGUGAUUUCCCGCUGCCCAUUCUUAUGAUUCUAAUAGUUGCAUCCCAGCUUAUGUUUGCUCAAAUUUAGGCUCAGCUGGGGGUGUUUGGUGUUCUGAUAGAGCCCUCCUAUUGUUAAUUUAAGAAGCGCAGCUCUGAAAAGCAAGGUACCCUGCCAAAAGCAGGCCCACUGGGGUGAGGGCUAGUGUUGUCUGUGCAUGGUUUGACAAGGACUGUGUCCAGAACCAGGCACGGUUGUUUUUAGAGUCCCCCCCCACUGAGACAACCCAAGGCUUCCACUUCAGUCAAUUGCUGACAGUCCAGCGUGGUCGGGCGGCUGCACGGGUGUCGCUGUCCUGUAACCCCAAAGAACAGGGGUUCUUUGCUGAGGCGUGGCCAUGGAGAGAGGGGCUAAGUCUUGCUUCUCAGUAACGGGAGCAAAAGUCACUGGAGUUGCUGGGUGUGCUAAUCUUGUCUGUUUAUCGUCAAAUAAAACUAAAAGGCAUUGGA